AUGCCCUCCCUCGCGGGCGCCCUUCCAUUCUCACCCGCCGAACUCGCAUACCUCCACACAUCUCUAUCCUCGAUCCCACCACUGCGACCAGACGCGCGCCAACUGUCCACGGAUUUCCGCCCUCUGCGCGCUGAGACCAGCAUCCUACCGUCUGUCAACGGCAGUGCCCACGUCGGCUUCAGCGACGGCAGAGAGGCCAUAGUCGGCGUGAAGCUCGAAGUCGAGAAGACAACCGGCGUGCAGCGAGCACCGGAGAAAGAUGACGAUGCCAUGGAUGUGGAGGUGGAGAGCGGAGCGCAGAAGAAACCCGGAAAAGGAGUCGCUGAGUGGGUGACCCUCACACUGACGCUUCCUGGUCUGCGGGACGACGACACCAGCCUGAUAUUCCUGGAGGAGAUGCUCCGCGAACCACUCGUUGUGGCGUCUACCGCGCAGAGCACCGACCAGACAGGACACCAAACGCCGACUCUACUCAACAAGCUCGUCAUCAAUUCACGCUGGCACUGGCACAUCUACAUCGACGUGCUCCUGAUCUCCCCAAACGGCCUGGCUAGCUAUCCGCUUCCCUUACUGAGCAUGGCGACGCAUCUGGCACUGCGGGACACCAGAAUCCCAAAGCUGAAGAGCGAGGGAGAGGAAGAUCCGAUCGCCGACGACGACUGGAUGGCCAGUACGUACCUGUAUCCGCGUGGCGGCGACGCAGUCCAAGGGGUCCGUCCUCCCGUCACGCUGCUGGUCGUGGUCGUCGGCGAAAGCGUCAUCUUCGAUCCGAGCAGAGAAGAACUCGCCGUCGCUGACGGUGUCGUUGCCGUCAGCGUCGGGAGCAGUGGUGCAGGCGCUGAAGAUUUGAAGAUUCUCGCUCUCCGCAUGAUCGAUACACCGGCGAGAGAUACCAUGAAGGGUGUGCCUCAGUCGGGUGAAGCUCCAGAGGGCGUUGAUGUCCCCGGUGUCUGGAAACCUAGGCUGGGUGGUAUCAAGCGGAAUGUUCUCAAAACUGUCGUCAAAGCUGUCUUUGCUGGGGGUGUCGCUCGUGAUGUUCUGACGGGCCUCGAUGGCUUUUUGAGUGCUGAGCCUGUUGAAGGCGCUGGUUGA